AUGGGCGUAGAGCGGGCUGAGUUACCACAAGAAAUCAUUGAAUUAAUAUCCAAAAGGCUCACAAUCUACUCCGACUAUCUCCGAUUCCGAUGCGUCUGUCGCACCUGGAAUUCCUGUGUUCCCAAAACCCCUCUCCAUCUACCACCUCAACUACCAUGGCUCAUUCUUUCUCACAAUUCCUUCUUUGACCCAUCCACCCACAAAAUCCACCACCUCAAUCUCCCUCUAUCUGCAUCUCCCCGCACUAGUAUCUGCGGUUCUUCUUUUGGCUGGCUCGUCAUUCUCCACCAAAUCUCGGAGGUUCUUCUUCUCAACCCUAUAACACACGUCAGUCUUUUUCUUCCUUCUCUCUACACUUUUCCAAAGUUUGUUAGAGAAGGUUUGGGUUAUAACCUAUUCCUUAACAAAGUUGUCUUGUCGUCUAGCCCCUCGCUUUGCGACGACUUCGCUGCAUUCGUCAUUCUUAAUUGUAGACAGUUAGCGUUCUGUAGAAAAGGCUAUGAUUCUUGGGUUCUCUUCAAUGUGAACGGAAAUCACCUAUGGGUGGAUGUUGUAUCCAAAAACGGUUUGUUUUAUGUUGUGAGCACAAAAGGAAUGAUAGCGGUGUGUGAUGUUGAAGGUCCUCGAGUCUCCAUAAUUGAGAUGACAAGCUCUGUCAAUUUAUCGAAGGAAACUUUCUGUGUUAUGUUUUCCGGGGAGGACAUGUUGUUGGUCUCUCAGCGUUUACUACAAGGUGUAUCUCACAGAGAAAGAUUUCGAAUUUUGAAGAUGGAUUGGAAUAUGCUAAAUUGGAAAGAAAUUCAUACUUUGGGCGAAAACAUGUUGUUUGUAGGGUCGAGGUCUUCUGUUUCUUUUUCUACUGUUGAUUUUGGUGGAUGUCCUCCAAAUCGUAUCUAUUUCACUAACAAUGUUUUUCGGAAAGACAAUUUGGGCAUCAUUAGUUUAUCAGAUGAAAGUGUUGAGCUGUUGGCCCAUUAUACACUAACUUAUGAUGUUCGAUUAGGAUGUCCAAUUUGGCUUACACCAAAUCCGCAAUGA